CAAAUGAUGUAUAAAUUUCAAGUGAUAAAUUAAUUAAAACAUUCCGAUUAUCACACAAUAAUAUCUAUGUUUUAAAUCUCAGAGUUUUAUUAAUUCGCUCAAAGUGGCACCGCCAUGCGUAAAGGCGCUGAGCGGAAAAACUCAGGUAUGGGAAGUGAAACUUAACAGCGAGAAGCAAAGGUGUUUCAUCAAGACGUUGGAUACGGUUGGAGCGGUUAACAUCUGGAAAGAGGAACGCAGCUCAAUGGAUAUAAUGGUGGAAGGGCCGAAGUCAACUCAGGUAGCUGAGUUGCUGUACGAGCGCAGCAUUCCCUUCGCCGUAGCUAUCGGCGACGUGGCCCCCAUGCUCGACAGGGAGGGCGUCAAGCCGAAGCAUAGGAAAUCUGCCACUGGAUCGAGAGUGCCAAUGGAUUGGAAGAGUUAUCAUCGUUUGGGUGUAAUUUACGAGUUUAUGGAAAGUCUGGCCGCAGAAUGGCCUACCUUAUGCAGUGUGUGUACAAUUGGACGAUCUGUUGAAGGGCGCGCAAUAAAGAUGUUAAAGAUAUCUAAUGGGAGAUACAACAACGUGGGCGUAUGGAUGGAUGCAGCUAUACAUCCCCGCGAGUGGAUAAGCACGGCGGUGCUCACGUACGUUGCGGACCAACUCGUCAGGACAUAUGACCAGCAGCCGGAUUACAUUACAAAUAAAGAUUGGUUUAUAGUACCUGUGGUGAAUCCCGAUGGAUAUGAAUAUACUCAUACCCAUGACCGAAUGUGGCGGAAGAAUAGGGCGAAGUACGGCGAAUGCUACGGCGUAGACCUUAACAGGAACUUCAGCUAUGGCUGGGGAGAACGAGACGAAGAAGGAUCAUCCGACGAUCCUGCUAAUAUUUUCUACAGAGGUCCUGAACCAUUUUCUGAACCAGAAACCGCUGCUAUAAGGCAAGCAAUCUGCAGCGCGGGCACCCAGUUCAAGGUGUUCCUGUCGUUUCACAGCUACGGCGAAGUCAUUAUCUUCCCCUGGGGUUACACGGGAGAUCCAUGUCCUCAUUACGUGCAGAUGCUGGAAGCAGGCACCGCUAUGGCUAAGGCUAUACAGCAAGCGAGCGGUCACAUUUACAAAGUGGGUAGUACAAAGGAUCUCAUGUAUUACGCGUCUGGAACGAGCACCGACUGGAGUUACGCCGUCGCGAACAUUCCUUACUCGUACAUGGUGGAGCUGAGAGGCAAGAGACAUCGCUUCUUAUUACCCAAAGAAGAGAUAAUAUGCACAUCCAUAGAAGUAUUAUGCGGUGUAUCGAAGUUAAUGGAGUAUAUUGAAAAGUUUAACAAAGUAACUCCUACGGCCAGUGUCGAGUCCUGCCAAUCGCCGUCCUACACGGUCCAAGUUCCCAGGACGCCAUCUUGGGUUAGUGCCAGAUGCCAUUCCUGUAGGAGUUCAAGGUCCUGUUGUAAGAGCAGCCAUUCACCUUCGUGCUCAAGGUCUCAUUCGCGACAAAGUUGUAACGCUCAGAAAUGCGACAGCAAACAUUCUAAGUGUCGUGGUUCACCUACAAAACCUCGAAAUUUUACCGGAUAA